UAGCCCAGAUGCAGUAAACUGGAAGCAAUGGAAGAAAGGAAAAUCAAGAGGAGGAGUCCCAAAUCAUCCACCAGUCACCCUGCUCAGGUUGCUAACUCCAAGAAAAACUCAGUGCCGGUCAGUAAAAGCACAGCCUUUUCAAAUCCUGCACCACAGCCUGCGGUACAAAAACCAAAGUUAAAACGUGUAAUAAAAGAGAAAGCCAAACCUCCGGGAGGCGAAGCAAAAGGGGCACAGGCAGCACCAAUCCAGCAUUCUUUUCUCACAGAUGUAUCAGACGUCCAGGAAAUGGAAAGGGGACUUCUGAGUCUCCUGAAUGAUUUCCACUCUGGCAAACUUCAAGCAUUUG